CAAUCAAUUCUGUCCUACUUUUGUGUUCAAUGCAUUGUACUUUCCGCGCGAUUGAUUAAAUGAAAUAAUCUUAAUUUAUCAACAUAUAAUGGCAAAACAGCAGGGUAAAGUUUACUUAGGGUACGAAGAAGAGGCAGUGGGAGAAAAAAACCAAACUUUAUUAAAUUAUACAGUAAAUAAAAUUGGUGGAUUUCCGGAUUGGCCGCCUCUCGAGAACGUACAGUUUCCUUCCAAGUGUCAAUUAUGUGGAUUGCACAGAAUUUUAAUCGUCCAAUGCUAUGCUCCUCUGGAAAAUUCAGUUUAUCAUCGCACUUUAUAUCUUUUCGCCUGUAUUAAUCCUAAUUGCUGGAUUCAAUCAGAAAGUUGGAUUUGUGUUCGAAGCCAAUAUCAAGACAACUCCAUUAAACAGUCAAGUACAAUAGUAAACUUGCCAUCAGUUGAGACUAAUCUCAGUUGGUGCACCGGUGCUGAUGAAUGGGAUGAGAAUGACAAUGGCGACACUGCAAAUGGGAACUUUAUGAAUGUGGAUAAUGCUCCCAGCCCUAAUAAUGGCAUGCAGAGGAAUUCUGAUGAGGAUGAAGAAAGCAACUCCUUAGAAGUGGAAACUGUAGAGCAAGCUCUUGGUAACCUACAUGUGUUUGAUGCACACAAUGCCAAUAUGUCUCCAGUGCAAGGAGCUGUAGGUGCUAUAGGAGUACCAGUGGCCGCAGCAGAGCUAGAGGGUGGUGACGAGCCAGGGCUUGUCACUGUAGACACACCCACUGCCGCUUCCAAUGAUAUAGAAGCACUCCUGCACCAGACGGCAGAGCUACCGCAGGACAUACGAAGCCGAUUGCUGUGCGCUCCAAUGCAGUUUGUGCCCAAAUACAUUUACGUUGAAGAGGAAUGGCACAAGGUGUCUAGCCCAGACGAUAGGGUGACGGAAUUGCUCAAUAAAUACAAGAAAGAAAAUGAACUAGAGGUGUGCGCCGGCGGCGGCGGGGGCGGCGGGCCGGACGAGGAGCAGUACGAGGAGACGGCGCCGCUGCACGGAGACCGGCUGUUCCACGCCUUCCUGUCCCGCCUCAGGAAGAACCCGGGGCAGAUUUUAAGGUACUCCCUUGAAGAGGCCCCGCUGCUGGGCGCGCCGCUGCCGCGCCCGGCCGGCGCCGGCGCGCCCGAGUCGCCCGGCGCGCCCGCCGCCUGCGCGCGCUGCGGCUCCCGCCUCAUCUGUGAACUCCAACUCGUGCCAGAAUUCACUGGAACCCUCUCGCUCCCACCCGUCUCCCACGCGUCGCCGCCUCCCGCUCUCUCGCACCUGCACUUCCUGUCGGUGUUCGUGUUCACGUGCGCACAGAGCUGCUGGCAGCCGGGCGACGCGCUCGUGCCGGAGACCGUCGUCUUCCAGCCUGAAGUUGUUUAAGCGGAGCCGAGCGGCUGGCCGGGGAAACGUGACAGUAGCAUAUUACUGAAAGUUUCCCGUUUACAUUUCUUUCUGUAUAUAUAGAGAAUCGCCAAACUAAUCACACGGACAAAUUACAUCACUGGUAGAUGUAGAGCUAUGAUAAAAGUAUGAUGCCUAUUGUUGGCAAAUAGAUAGCCAUUACCAGACAUUUAAAAAAUUAAAUUACUACUGUCACGUUUCUUGGUCCCGCGAAUGCGUACAUUCGCUGGCUUAAUAAAAAAGGUAAGAAUGCCAAACAAGCCUUUAAGGAACAAAAAAUGGUAUAUUGCACCGCUAAAUUCAGAAAAUCAAACCUUAUAAUUGACUGAUGUUAAAAAACGACCACGCGUGUCCAUUAUUGAACAAAUAAUGAUAGACUUAAAGCAGUGAUUUAACAAUACUAGUCUUCAAUUACGAUUUGUAGGAAGCAUUUUAUGUCUCAUAGGAAUUUAAAAUAAUAAGAGUUGUCAUUUCAAUAAUAUUGAAGUGAUAGGAAUAGGUACCUUAAAAAUAUAGUCCAACAAAUAGUCAAUAACAUUUUUUCGUCCAUACAACUUUUCUCAGAGUGCAUUUAGUGUCAAGUGUUACUUCAUUGCUAUACUCCAGUAAAAUCUAAAGUGGUCUUUUAAUCUCAAGAUAAUUAGCGAUAUUAAAUUCUUUUAAUAUUUAUUUCUAAAGUGUGAUAAAAAAUGUUAUUUAUGUUAUGUGUGAAGUGAAUGUAUAUCUGUGAUAUAUUUCUCAAUACCUAUGUAUAAUUUGUAAGUGUAAAGUAUAUCUUUAUUGGCCAUAUUCUGAAGCUUGUUAAUUGUGUCAUUGUGAAGGUAGAAAACCAAUCCAAAUAUUGUUAUUUAGUGGUGUUCUUAUUAACCUAUAGGUUAAAUGUGUAGUUAUACAUCUUCAUAGCAAACGCUAGGGUAGAUGAUAAGCUAAUGUUAUCUUAUAUUGCAUUUAUGUUGUAUAUUUUACAUACCUACCUAUUUGUCGCUAUAUAGUAAGAUAUAUGAUAUGAUAUGAUUCUACACAUAUGUGUCUUCGUUAAUAGUGUUGAACUUCUAAUUCCACACUGUAUUAUUUAUUCAGUAGAUAUAUAACUUCCUUCUUUAACUAGAUUGUACAGUAUAAUGUGCAAUAAUAAA